UAUAAAUACCCUUUCUGUACCCGCAUUGCAGAAUCUCACACUUUCCCAAACCCCCCCAUUUCUGAAUAAGAAGAGCAGCGUUGGAUUUGCCCAACGCCCCCAUCUGCCUCUUCUUUCUUCUCGCUAACUUUCAAGCUUAAUGGCCCAAGCUACAUACAUUGCUCCUAUUUGUGUUCUGAUUCUUUUACAGUCGUUCAUAUCAGGACUGCAAGCAACAACCUUUACCUUUGUAAACAAAUGUGACUAUGUGGUAUGGCCUGGAAUUCUCUCAAACGCGGGUAUUCCGACACUUUCAACAACAGGCUUCACUCUCCAAAGAGGUGAAACCAAAACCAUUACCGCACCGACAUCAUGGGGCGGUCGGUUUUGGGGUAGAACCCAUUGCUCCCAAGAUUCCACUGGAAAAUUUUCUUGUCUGACGGGUGAUUGUGGCUCCGGGAAGCUAGAAUGUUCGGGAAAUGGCGCUACCCCGCCUGCCACUUUGGCUGAAUUUACUUUGGACGGUGCCGGCGGCCUUGAUUUUUUUGAUGUGAGUUUGGUGGACGGUUACAACAUCCCGAUGUUGGUGGUUCCUCAGGGUGGCACAGGCCAAAAUUGUACAAACACUGGCUGCGUAGUGGAUCUUAACGGCUCCUGUCCUUCAGAACUCAAAGUGAUGAGCACGGACGGCAGAGACGGCGUCGCUUGCAAGAGUGCUUGCGAGGCCUUCCGCCAGCCCCAGUACUGUUGCAGCGGCGCGUAUGCUACACCCGAUACUUGCAAACCGUCGUCGUACUCGGAGGUAUUUAAGACAGCCUGCCCACGGGCCUACAGCUAUGCUUAUGAUGAUAAGACAAGCACCUUCACAUGCGCGAACGCUGAUUACACGAUUACUUUCUGUCCUUCGCCUAACACCAGCCAGAAAUCAUCACAAGGGCAGAACACGGAACCAACGACAACCACGACAACGUCACCUUUUAUCAACAGCACAAUGGUGUACGAAGGUGCCUUGGACGAAAGUGCCGCAUCACCAUCCACGUGUACCCACGUGUUCGGAUCACAUGCGGUUGCGGGGAUCGUCGGCAUCGCAAUGGCGAUUUGGUGGUCGUGGCAACUCUUCUAACUUAUUUACUAACUUUAGCUGUAGGGUAGGGGGCCGUAAACUUGCAACCAAAAAAAUUUUAGCAAUAGCACAAAUGAUAGCUUAGCCAGCCCCAAUCUACCUUUUGGCCCAUUUUCGGGGGUCGGCGGAUGUCCGUAUCAAAUAUCAUGCAUGGGCCGAGUGACUCGUCUGGGUCCCAUUGGGUCGGCUAUGGUGACUUGGAAUCCAGUCAUGAUAGAAAACGCUCACCCGCCAACUGAAUUGAAAUGUGCAAACAUCCGAUCGAGAGCUUGUACAUGCGUGCAACUGCAAUGUGAAAGGCCAAACGCACGAAACGGAGGCUGUUAGGUUUAAGCAAUACUUUUAUCUUUUUUUAGAGUUUUUAUUUUUUUAGAGUGAAUUCUUUAUAUUAAAGGAGGGCAGGGGAUUCAUUUGAUUUUCGUUUUCUAUAUCAAUUAGAUAAUGUACUAUUCCAAAUAAGCUUCUUAGAAAAUGAGAUUUAAUUAUUUUUAUUAAUUUA